UCAACUGCAACAGUGCUACAUGUACGAGUUGCAAGACAGACUCGCGAAACUUCGUAUCGAUCCCCUACUUCCCGUUGUCGGCUCAAGCAAUCAAGGUUAUCACAACAACGUAUUUCUAAUGACGUAUUCGGAGGAGAAUGAGAACGACAAUAAUUAUAACGAGCAUCGGCUACCGCCGCCCUUCCCCUUCCGAUACGAAAGCCCGGCGUGCUCUCGUUCUCUAAGUAUCACAGACGUAACUUACAGCCCAGGCAAUAAUAAUGCGAUUGUUAGCAAUUACGACGAGAAUGACUAUGACGAUAUGGAGGAUGAAAAUCCGCGAAAAGGUCUCCUGAAACAGAUAUUUUGCCUUCCAUUAAAUUAAAGCUCAAUUUGAGCUUCUUUUUUAAAGGUAUAACGUUGCCUCCGAUUCGAUUACUCGAUACGCAUUUUGUAGAAAUAGCUCGAGACCUAUAGUAUCGUCGGAUGUAAAUGUCUCGUGUAGUUCCAUUAAAAAAAAAUAACGAGAAAUAUUUAAUUCAAUCUAAAAUAUAUAAAUAUAUAUCUAUCGUUAAGUUAACUGUUCUCUUUCAUACAUGGUGCUGCGAGUAGACAUGUUGAUGGGUAACGUUACUUUCCGCAGCCUUUAGUUGAGAGCUAAAGGUGAAAACGUACCUGACUGCUUUGAUCAAUUUUUUUAGAUACUUUUACAGUAUCGUUUCUUUUGCGUAGCAGAUUCAUGUUUCCAAAGUAUUAUACAAUUAAUUAUUUCUUUCUGUAAUUACGUUUAUUAAAGAAAAAAGAAGAUCAGAUACAUUCCAAUUAUAUGAUCGUCAUUCCGAACAAUAUUAUGAAUUAUACAUUAAUUAUACUGCGGCAGAAUAAUACCAAACGAAAUGAUAGCGUCUUCUCGUUUUGGUUGCAUAGUUCUUACAUGUACAUUUUCGCUGAAACUCGCAAAAGAUGAUGCGGAUAGUAAUUAUAUCGAGACGUUGCUUUUAUACGGACUAUUCCUAUUAACUCGAUUAAGUCAUUACACUGGUCACUUUAUGGAUUGAAGGACCGCAUAUUGUAGCUAACAGCUGUGAAUUUCAAGCAUUUCUUUUUUCUUAUCGAGAAAUUGUACUCGCUGUGAGGACAGAAGAAUAAUAUGCAGUAACAAUAAUUUUCUAUGGAAACGUGAUUUUUUACUUGUAGGAACGUAUUUCUGGAAAUAUUUUUUACUCCACAACAGCUAGUUGUAUUUACACGUUUAUCUAUAUCGAUAGUGUACUUCUCGUCCAAAUAUGAGAGAAUAUACCAAUUCCUAUAGCGUGAUUAGGGCAAUUUUUAUAGUUUUUCAAAGUAAUGUUGAGCAAACGUACAACUGGGCAGUAAAGUAACUUUGAAGUACUGAAGACUAGUUUAUUCUUCUUAUUGUUAAAAUUACAUAGAGAUCAUUGUGCACAGUAUUCCUUGUAUAUCUAUAAAUUCUAAUGAAAUAAGACGUGCAAUGUCCGCUCUAACUUUAUUCUAAACUAAUCGCAAACAGAUUCCAAUGCGUAUUAUGACACAAGUAUUAAUUGUAGAAGUAUAGCUGGGAGCCGUGUGGGACAUUUUGCUAGAUUAAUGUAAGAUCCGUAAUAAAGUGUUAACGAGCAUGAAAAUUGGGCGAUAAAACGUUUUACAUUACGGUAGAAUACGGCCAUUGAAUUAUACGUAGACGAGAGUACAUUGUAUUAGAGUUACUACGCGUGGUUUUUGUUCCGGUGAUUAUAACGACGACUGCUAUUAAAGAAAAAAACGGAAGUUUUCGCAAAAUAAUAGCUGCGGAGAUCGAUAUGGAAUUAUCAUAAAUAUGAAAAGUAUUUAACGUAGUCACAUGAAAAAGUAUUAACAAGACGAAAAAUAUAUACCAAAUUUACAUCACGUAAAAGAGAGAUGUAAUUAAAUCUCAUAGUUCUCUCCGGAUUCUCUCGAAGCGUCGAAUAUGCAUAUGAUAGAACGCGGAUAAUUUAAUUUUGAUUUAGUACUCGCAUUAGAGCCAUCUUGAAAACAAUCGAUAUUACACGAUAUUAUGCCUGGAAUAAAUGCAGCGACAUUACUUAAAAAGUAUCGUGUAACUUAGAGAGAAUAUAGUGCCAACACUCAACAUCUUAAUAAUAUAUAUCGAAUGGUACGAGUUACGAGUAUUACGCGUUGCAGAACUUACGUGAUCUUUUUUUGUGUGUAACGAGCCACACUACUUCAUCUUUGCGUUCAUUAUUUUUCCCAUAAGAAUGUAUGGUAUGCAUAGAAAACUUUUUACAUACAUAAAUUCCUAUUGUAACAUAGCGAAUGAAUUGAAUACGUGUUAUCCGUAAACUUAAUUGUUGCAAAGGCUGCUAUUAUUUUAUAUAAUACUACGGCGAUCCGCUAUUUUUUUAUAGAGACGAGUCGGUGAAUGCAGGAGAGAUAACUAUAAAAGUAUUCUAAAUAAGGAGAUCUUUAACGGUAUCGAACAGUGUGUUACAAUAUACGAUAUGGUAAUAUAUAUUCACAUACCGUUGAUUUUCAGCAUUUAUACUACAGUUAAUUAUUUAAGACAGACGCUUUAUUAAGUAUUGUUGAAAUAAAAUCUGUAUAUCUUCUCGCGUGAAUAUUGUCUUUCCAUGGACGGAAUACGGUAUUUCGCGCAAUAAUUAAUACUAUUGAGCAAGAAAGGAAUAUAGAAAAAUGAUUAAAACUUGUAAUGUUAUAUCACCAAUGUAGUCAAUUGAUUGCGCGUCGUACCGAAGUCUGUUUACAAGUUUAAUGUGGUGUAGAAUUGCACAAAUACAAAAUAUGAAAUGGAUUCCAUAUUUUGUAUCGUAUUUUGUAUUCGUUUUAAAAGACCAUACAGAGCGAGUCCAAAAGUUAUGACAGUUCGAGACUUAUAUUGCUUAGACUUUAUUCUAAUCUUUAACUAUAAAUUUUUCACAUAUUUGUAUGCUUUUGUUGUAGGAGUUUAUGAAAUGUUACAUAGUUAUUUAUACUCGGAUAUCCGAGGAUCUCGGAUACUUAAAUAAAGAAAGAGAUACGUAUUACAUGAAAA